UAAAGUAAAGAGACCAAAUGGGUGGAAAUAAAGAAAAAAUACAACAACAGAAGAGGGACAUGGGGAAUGGAGGGCCAGAUGAGGGUGAGGCCAGGUGUCGGGGGCGCGCUUCCAGCCUGCCCCUGAUUUCUCUAUUCUCGUGAACGAGCAUGUAAACACCCGACCACUGCAGGGGGACUUACUGUCUGCUGGAGCGGUGUGUGUGUGUCCUCUGUGUGUGUGUCCUCUGUGUGUCUGCCCUGUGUGUGCCUGUGAGCGGGAUGGCGGAUGGAGAAUUAAUCGCAUUGCAGGAUCCCCAGGCUGUGGAGGCGGGACCGCGGGACCACAGGAGGCUGACCCGACUUUACUGCAUGAACGGCGGACACCACCUGCAGAUCCUGCCCGAUGGGACGGUGCAGGGCCGGAGGGAGGAUGGAGACGCUCACACUGUUUUAAAGAUCCGGUCCGUGGACAGAGGUGUGGUGGUCAUCCAGGGGACAGACACUGGGCGAUAUCUGGCGAUGAGCGAUGAGGGACGUCUGUACAGUUCACCCACAGUCUCUGACGAGUCAUACUUCCUGGAGAAACUGGAGGAGAAUCACUACAACACAUAUCGGCCUCAGAAGCAUCAGGAGAGGAACUGGUACGUGGCCUUGAAAAAGAACGGGAAACCUAAACUGGGUCCAAGAACUCACAUCGGGCAGAAGGCCGUCUUCUUUCUGCCCCGCCAGCUGGACGGCUCCGGGGAGUAGAAGAAGAAGAAGAAGAAGAAGAAGUAGAAGUUCACCUCAACACGCAGCGAUUACCUCGACCAAAAUGGACCAGAAGCGGCUGGUGGUCAGAUUUGUGUGUUUGUGAAAUAACACUUGGAGGCGUGGUGAGAAAGUGGUUGAGGAGAUGCUGGUCGUUGAUCGUGUUUAAAUUUUCUCAGACAAAGGUCUUUGUCCGUACAACAAGUAAUUUGAGCCUAAACAUUGCACUCAUCUUUUUUCAUUCUCACCCUCCCACUUUACUGAACAACUCCAUGUCAUCUCUAUUAGCUACUUAACUUCAUUGCUAAUGUUGUCUUAAACAGAGAAGAAGACGCUAGGUGAGCCAAGUCAUUGUCCUGUUAUGUGAUGUUAUUUAUAUUAACAUAGAGGCAUUGUACACAAUUAUAUCCUAUUUAUAGAGACUAUAUUAUGGAGGGAAGAAAACAGAGUGUAGUGCUGCUAAAUGUUUAUUUAUCCAACAUAUCCUAACGACUGAGAAACUUGUUU